AUGAUGGGAACGUUUUCCUGCAGCACGAAUAGGACUGCAUUUUCAACGGUUUUACUUCAUGAGUUCAAACUUGGUCCAACGGCGACGGAGGCAACCACAAAUGUAAACAUGGCUUGGGGAGAAGACACUGCAUCGGGGCGAGCGGUUCAUCGCUGGUUUCAAAAGCUUGGAAAUGAAGACGAUUUUUUGGAAGACAAAAAGCGAGCUGGCCGACCAUCGCUAGUUGAUCACGAAGUUUUGACGAAAGCAGUUGUAAAGGAACGACGUCGUCUUUCGACUGAUCAAACCAUCACCGCACAGCCCUACUGGGAUCAAAUCCACGAAAUGUGCGCAAAACUGGAGCGCGCAACCAGCACUGGUGAAUCGCCAUGA